UUUUAAAAAAUUCCUGGAAAACCAUCAAAAACCAUUUACCCCAGCUAUUAAGCAAUCAUGUAAUUAAACAAGUUGAUUGUUUAAAUAAGCGUAAAUUUUAUCGGUUUUAUAGAGAUUAUGAUUAUCAAACAAAAAUACCCUUCAAACUUGACAACCAUCGAUCGUAGGUUAAAAGGUUAACCUCGCAAUAAAUCCACCACGGAAUUUUAUAAAAACCUAAGAAAAUCAUCAAAAUUGUUAGUAAAAGAAAAUUUAAAAAUGCCGUCUUGGGACGUUCGUACUUCUUAUUGGAACAUAGGAAGCAGUUUAAGUCUUGCAGUAACUAUACCUUUUAUAAUCUACAAAGUGAUGAGAGCUGUUUAUUUACAUAGAUCAUUUAGAGAAUUAAGAGGAAAAGUUGUUGUUAUAACUGGAGCAAGUUCUGGAUUAGGUGAAGCUUUGGCUCAUGAAUUCUACAAAAAAGGUUGUUUAAUAGUUCUUUGUGCAAGACGUCGUCAAGAAUUAGAUAGAGUAAGAGAAGAUCUCUUAAAAAUACAAUCAACAGGACCAACACAUCAUCCUAUAAUAAUGCCUUUAGACUUAAGCGACAUAAACAGUUUAGAAACAGCUGUAACUAAAAUAUUAGAAAUAACCGGACAUAUUGAUAUAUUAAUAAAUAAUGGAGGAGUUUCUCAUCGAGGAAAUGUAAUAGAUACAAAACCAGAUGUUGAUAUUAAAAUCAUGGUUGUGAAUUAUUUUGGAGCUGUUGCUUUAACAAAAGCAAUCCUUCCUAACAUGAUUAAACAAAAACAAGGUCACAUAGUCCAAAUUAGUUCUAUACAAGGUUUAAUUGGGUUACCAUCGAGAUCUGCUUAUUGUGCUUCUAAACAUGCACUACAAGCUUUUAGUGAUUCACUUCGAGCUGAAGUAAAAGAUAGUAACAUUCAUGUAACUGUAGUGAGUCCAGGUUAUAUUAAAACUCACCUAAGUGAGAAUGCUUUAACUGGUACUGGGAACACUUAUGGACAAAUGGAUGAAACAACUUUAAGUGGAUACACACCUGAAUAUGUUGCAGAAUGUAUUCUUACUGCUGUAGUUAAAAAAACUAAAGAAGUUGUCAUAUCACCAUUUUUACCUAAAAUUGCUAUUUUUUUGAGACGUUUUAUGCCCCAUUUAUAUUUUGUUGCGAUGUCACGAAGAGCCAGAAAGACUAAUUAAUUUAUUUUGUGUUGUAUAAAUGCGAUUUUGUUAUAUGUUUUUGUGUAAUUUUGUCAGAAAAUAAAUUAAGGAAUUCUAUGUUAUUUAAUAC